GGGCAGAUUCCGCCGCCAUUGCAGCUUCCGAGAGUUACAGACCAGCGGCCACCGCUCGGCGACCUGGAGCAGAAGCGCCUGUUUAACUCUCGUCGGACGAGAAGAGUAGCUAGCACUUCCUCCGGCACGUUCACAGACGAUAAAGCUCCAGUCUGUUCGGUGGGACCCACGGCAAGCCAUCCUCGGGGAGCCCGGCUUGGAUCUGAGAGAGGAAGCUGUAUCGGUUAGCGAGCUAACGGUGAAAGCAGGAAUACGGAGGAGAGGGAAAGAGGAACGAUCAUGGCUCAGAUCCUACCUAUCAGAUUUCAGGAGCACCUGCAGCUCCAGAACUUGGGCAUCAACCCAGCCAACAUUGGGUUCAGCACCCUCACGAUGGAGUCCGAUAAAUUCAUCUGUGUCCGGGAAAAGGUUGGAGAGCAGGCACAGGUGGUGAUUAUCGACAUGGCUGACCCAAAUAGCCCUAUCCGUCGGCCCAUCUCUGCAGACAGCGCCAUCAUGAAUCCAGCCAGCAAAGUCAUUGCCCUCAAAGACGCUGCCAAAACUCUUCAGAUUUUUAACAUCGAGAUGAAGAGUAAGAUGAAGGCCCACACUAUGACUGAUGAUGUCACCUUCUGGAAGUGGAUCUCCCUCAACACGGUUGCUCUAGUGACUGAUAACGCCGUCUACCAUUGGAGCAUGGAGGGAGACUCGCAGCCAGUCAAAGUCUUUGAUCGCCACUCCAGUCUGGCAGGCUGCCAAAUUAUCAACUACCGCACUGACGCCAAGCAGAAAUGGCUCCUCCUUAUUGGCAUCUCAGCUCAGCAAAACAGAGUUGUAGGGGCGAUGCAGCUGUACUCUGUCGACAGGAAGGUGUCUCAGCCUAUUGAGGGCCAUGCUGCCAGCUUUGCUCAGUUCAAAAUGGAAGGAAACUCUGAAGAGUCAACUCUGUUCUGCUUUGCUGUCCGGGGCCAGGCUGGAGGAAAGCUUCACAUUAUUGAAGUAGGAACUCCACCAACUGGUAAUCAACCCUUUCCAAAGAAAGCUGUGGAUGUAUUCUUCCCUCCUGAAGCUCAGAAUGACUUCCCAGUGGCGAUGCAGAUCAGCCCCAAACAGGAUGUUGUGUUCCUCAUCACCAAAUAUGGUUACAUCCACCUGUAUGACCUGGAGACCGGGACCUGCAUCUACAUGAACAGAAUCAGCGGGGAGACCAUUUUUGUUACAGCACCUCAUGAGGCCACUUCUGGAAUCAUUGGCGUCAACAGGAAAGGACAGGUAUUGUCAGUAUGUGUGGAGGAGGAGAAUAUUAUUCCAUACAUCACCAACGUGCUACAGAACCCUGACCUGGCCCUGCGUAUGGCUGUGAGGAACAACCUGGCUGGAGCCGAGGAGCUCUUUGCCCGCAAGUUCAACAACCUCUUUGCUGGUGGCAACUACUCUGAGGCUGCCAAAGUGGCCGCCAAUGCUCCAAAGGGGAUUCUGCGUACACCAGACACCAUCCGGCGGUUCCAGAGUGUGCCGGCCCAGACAGGCCAGACCUCUCCUCUGCUACAGUACUUCGGCAUCCUGCUGGACCAGGGCCAGCUCAACAAGUUUGAGUCUCUGGAGUUGUGCAGGCCUGUCCUGCAACAGGGUCGUAAACAGCUGCUGGAGAAAUGGCUCAAAGAAGACAAGCUGGAGUGUUCUGAGGAGCUGGGAGACCUGGUGAAAUCUGUAGAUCCCACUCUAGCACUCAGUGUCUACCUGAGAGCCAAUGUCCCUAACAAAGUCAUCCAGUGUUUUGCUGAAACUGGACAGUUUCCUAAGAUAGUUCUGUAUGCCAAAAAGGUGGGCUACACUCCAGACUGGAUCUUCCUGCUGAGGAAUGUGAUGCGGAUUAGUCCGGAUCAAGGCCUGCAGUUUGCGCAGAUGCUGGUUCAGGAUGAGGAGCCACUGGCUGAUAUUACACAGAUUGUAGAUGUGUUUAUGGAGUACAACUUGAUCCAGCAGUGCACAUCCUUCCUUUUGGAUGCCCUUAAAAACAACCGCCCCUCAGAGGGUCCGCUGCAGACACGUCUGCUUGAGAUGAACCUCAUGCAUGCACCUCAGGUUGCUGAUGCUAUCUUGGGAAAUCAGAUGUUCACUAAUUAUGACCGCGCCCAUAUUGCCCAGCUGUGUGAGAAGGCAGGACUACUGCAGAGAGCUCUGGAGCACUACACAGACUUGUAUGACAUCAAACGGGCUGUCGUGCACACACACCUGCUCAACCCAGAGUGGUUAGUAAACUUCUUUGGCUCUCUGUCGGUGGAGGACUCUCUGGAGUGUCUGAGAGCCAUGCUCUCUGCCAACAUCAGACAAAAUCUCCAGAUUUGCGUGCAGGUGGCCUCCAAGUACCACGAGCAGCUCUCCACCCAGUCCCUAACUGAGCUCUUCGAGUCAUUCAAGAGCUUUGAGGGUCUAUUUUACUUCCUUGGCUCCAUUGUGAACUUCAGUCAGGACCCAGAAGUCCAUUUCAAGUACAUCCAGGCCGCCUGCAAGACAGGCCAGAUCAAGGAAGUGGAGCGCAUUUGCCGAGAGAGCAACUGCUACGACCCUGAACGUGUCAAGAACUUCCUCAAGGAGGCAAAACUCACCGACCAGCUGCCUCUCAUCAUUGUGUGUGAUCGCUUUGACUUCGUCCAUGACCUGGUGCUGUACCUGUAUCGCAACAACCUCCAGAAGUACAUUGAGAUCUACGUACAGAAGGUGAACCCUAGUCGUCUGCCAGUGGUGAUUGGUGGUCUGUUGGAUGUGGAUUGCUCUGAGGAUGUGAUUAAAAACCUGAUCCUCGUGGUGAGGGGCCAGUUCUCCACUGAUGAGUUGGUGGCUGAGGUAGAGAAGAGGAACAGACUGAAGCUGCUGUUGCCCUGGCUGGAGGCUCGCAUACAUGAAGGCUGCGAAGAACCUGCAACCCACAAUGCCUUGGCCAAGAUCUACAUUGACAGCAACAAUAACCCAGAGCGCUUCCUGCGGGAGAACCCCUACUAUGAUAGUCGUGUGGUUGGCAAAUACUGCGAGAAGAGGGACCCCCACCUGGCCUGUGUGGCCUAUGAGAGAGGCCAGUGUGACCAAGAACUCAUCCAUGUGUGUAAUGAAAACUCCUUGUUUAAGAGUCUGUCUCGUUAUCUGGUACGUCGUCGGGAUCCUGAGCUUUGGGCCAGCGUGCUGCUUGAAACCAACCCCUUCAGAAGGCCUCUUAUCGACCAGGUGGUGCAGACGGCACUGUCAGAGACUCAAGACCCAGAGGAGGUGUCUGUCACAGUCAAGGCCUUCAUGACCGCCGACCUGCCGAAUGAACUUAUUGAGCUUCUGGAAAAGAUAGUCUUGGAUAAUUCUGUAUUCAGUGAACACAGGAACCUACAGAACUUGCUGAUUUUGACAGCCAUCAAAGCAGACCGCACGCGUGUCAUGGAGUACAUUAACCGUCUGGACAACUAUGACGCUCCUGACAUUGCCAACAUUGCUAUUAGCAGCGAACUCUUUGAGGAGGCCUUUGCUAUUUUCAGGAAAUUUGAUGUCAACACCUCAGCAGUGCAGGUUCUGAUUGAGCACAUCGGUAACCUGGACCGGGCAUAUGAGUUUGCAGAGCGCUGCAAUGAGCCGGCUGUAUGGAGCCAGCUGGCUAAGGCUCAGCUCCAGAAAGGCCUAGUCAAAGAGGCCAUCGACUCCUACAUUAAGGCUGCAGACCCGUCUGCUUACAUGGAAGUAGUACAGGCAGCUGACCAAAGUGGUAAUUGGGAAGACUUGGUGAAAUUCCUGCAGAUGGCUCGUAAAAAGGCCAGAGAGUCGUAUGUAGAGACAGAGUUGAUCUUUGCUCUGGCUAAAACCAACCGGCUGGCUGAGCUGGAAGAGUUUAUUAAUGGCCCCAACAAUGCCCACAUCCAGCAGGUGGGUGAUCGCUGCUAUGAUGAGAAGAUGUACGAGGCUGCCAAAUUGCUCUAUAACAAUGUGUCCAACUUUGGCCGUCUGGCCUCCACUCUCGUUCACCUUGGAGAAUACCAGGCUGCUGUGGAUGGAGCUCGCAAAGCCAACAGCACACGCACAUGGAAGGAGGUGUGCUUUGCCUGUGUCGAUGGCAAAGAGUUCAGACUGGCUCAGAUGUGCGGCCUUCACAUUGUAGUCCAUGCUGAUGAACUGGAAGAGCUGAUCAACUACUACCAGGACCGUGGUUACUUUGAGGAGCUGAUCACUAUGCUGGAGGCGGCUCUGGGACUGGAGCGUGCUCACAUGGGCAUGUUCACAGAACUGGCCAUACUCUACUCCAAAUUCAAACCUCAGAAGAUGAGGGAGCACCUGGAGCUCUUCUGGUCCAGGGUCAACAUCCCAAAGGUGCUGCGGGCAGCAGAGCAGGCCCAUCUGUGGGCAGAGCUAGUCUUUCUGUAUGACAAGUACGAGGAGUAUGACAAUGCCAUCAUCACCAUGAUGAACCACCCCACAGAUGCCUGGAAAGAGAGCCAGUUCAAGGACAUCAUCACCAAGGUGGCCAAUGUGGAGCUGUAUUACAAAGCAGUCCAGUUUUACUUGGAGUUCAAGCCUUUGUUACUGAAUGACCUUCUCAUAGUGCUUUCACCACGACUGGACCACUCGCGCGCUGUCAAUUUCUUCACAAAGGUUAAGCAGCUCCCACUUGUCAAACCCUACCUGCGAUCUGUACAGAACCAUAACAACAAGUCUGUCAACGAAGCACUUAACAACCUUUUCAUUACAGAGGAAGACUACCAGGCACUUCGGACGUCUAUAGACGCAUAUGAUAACUUUGACAACAUUGCACUGGCUCAGCGGCUGGAGAAGCAUGAGCUCAUUGAAUUCAGGAGAAUUGCUGCCUACCUCUUUAAAGGCAACAACCGCUGGAAACAGAGUGUGGAGCUCUGCAAGAAGGACAAACUUUACAAGGAUGCCAUGCAAUACGCUUCAGAGUCAAAGGACAUAGAACUGGCAGAGGAGCUGCUGCAGUGGUUCCUGCUGGAGGACAAGAAAGAGUGUUUUGCUGCUUGCCUAUUCACCUGCUAUGACCUGCUCCGACCCGAUGUGGUACUGGAGACUGCUUGGAGGCACAACAUCAUGGACUUCUCCAUGCCGUACUUCAUCCAGGUUAUGAGGGAGUACCUCAGCAAGGUUGAUGCAAUUAAAGAUAAGGUGAAAGAUGAUUUUUCUUUCCUCAUUCAUCAUCUUUCUUUUGCUUUGUUGUUUUUUUGUUUAGCCUGGUGAAUUGAAACUUUGGAACUCUGCAUGAGAUUUUUUUUGUUGCUAAUGAAAUGUUACACUGCUUCUUCUAAACCACAUGUGUACACAGUGUCUUAUUAAGCUGACAUAAACCAUAGCUGUGUAUUUAGUGAGCACUGCAGUACACUUGUAGUUACUAAUGACAUGCCUUAGUUGGGUAUCUAAGACAGUCCCUCCAUGGGAUCCUGCUGCUGAUUAAUGGUCCUGAUACACAUACUGUCCCAACUAUUACAGUGCAUCAGAAUGGACAGAAUGGGCAUUCCUAAACAAAGUUAUUUGGAAAACAAGAGUAACUGUAUAAAGAAACAAAUUGCUGGUGUGUUUAUGCAAAAUGCAUACAUAUUUUUGGCCAAAUGUUUGUGGAGCCCACAGAAAUGUGCCUGGCGGUUAAUUCUGUGCCAGCCACCAAACACCAAAUAAUAGUACCACACUUGGCCUUUUAUCCAUUCUGUGCAUUCUUGUUCUUUGAACCUGUUAUUCAAGUUUUCAACAUUGUAAUGCUAAUUGCCAGAGCAGGGGUAUCAAAUUUUAGGUCCUUGUGAGCCACAGUUCUGCAAGGGUUAUAGGUUUUUCCUCUUCAGACAAUCUGAAUUCAACUUAAAAAAAAAAAAAAAAGUGCAAAAUGAUCUAAUGAGUUGAAUCAGGUGUGUUCAGAUUUCUCCAUAGUUCUGUUGUUGGGAUGUUAACAAAAUUAUAUAAAGUGUUGUGUUGGGACAAACAAAAGCAUUGUAGGGGGGAAGAAACAGCAUUUUUAUAGCAUUGAUGAUUGGAACCAGGGGUUGUGAUGCAAAUAUGCAAUGCAAAUAUGGACAUUUACAAUCCUGUAAAUGUCUUCUGGGUGUUUUACAUGUAAUGAAAUAAAAUAGUGGUAAAUUUUGUAAAAGAAAUUUAAGGUGGAGUUCAUUUUUAAAGGAGCUGGAAUGCUAAACCAUGCAGGGCUCUUGUGGUCCAAAGCUGGAGUCUGAAAGAGCUGCUCUAGGGUGUUCAGGGGGAAGCCAUGUAAUAUACAAACAAGACAGACAAUGUUGGAGCAGUGUAGAAUUUUACCAGUUAUAUUCAAUGGCUUGGUUAUAUAGUUUAGGGAAGCACCAUUUUGUCUGCAAAACUUGCAACCAGUUGUGGAUUGCAUGAGCUCUGGCACUAAAACUGUAUGCUAAUAAAUGCACACUAGCUAGGUUUGUGCGAGAGGACUACGGAGGGGGAACGUGCCUCUACUGUUUUAAUGUUAUGACAUUUAAAGUGUUGUGGAAGUAAUUAAACAUUCGGGUUGAAGUGAUUUCAGUUAAUCACUUAAUAUUCCACAAAAAUUCCAGGAAAUCUGUAGUACAUCUGUAUCUGUAUGAAACCAGAUUCCGAUUUGUCCGUCUUUUCAAAGAUGCAUAUUCCCUCUUGGAUGUUUGAAUGCUGAGUUGCCAGUUUAUCAGGAACACUUACCUUGUAUCCACACUCAUUGGCCAAUUUAUAGACACUUUGAAGGUACAAAUACUGACUGUACUUCAGCUGUUACUGUGGACAAUUUAACAGCCGCCUUCUAUGCCUUUUCUUCAUUGAAAAAGGAUCACUAUAGGAACACCUGUGUUUACAGUCAGUAAUUCACCUGUAAGGUAGGUGUACCUGAUUUAAAAUGGCCAGUGAGUACAGCUACAAAUUUGAUGUACCUAACAAUAAACUAGCAACUUGGAUUCAUUAAUGUUUUGCUUGUAGUAAUGGAUUUUUUGCACCUUGGUAUCAUGUCACAUGCUGUCCACACAAGGCAUCUGCAGCACCCUGACUGACCUAAAAGGAUUGCUAAUUACUAUUCUUUGUUUGCAUUAUUUAUCCAAGGAUCCUCUUACUGGUUAAAUGACUCAUGCCUGCUUUUCUGUGCUUUGGAACCGGUGCCACAUGUUUCAUGCACAUAUAUUAAUGGACCAGAUGAACCUAAAUCCUUUAAAGGCUGCUUUUAGCAGCUUUACUUUUUCAGAUAAUUUGAGUAUGUAUGAGUCUCUUCUGUGUGGAUUGCUGGGUAAUGAACUUAGAACUCUGUGAUUUGUAUACUUUAGAUAUUUUCAGCAGCUUUUGAAGAUCAUCUCAUGAUCUUGUAACAAAAACGUCUGGAGAGAUCUGAGACAUUUUGGGCUAAAUGUGUGCAAAUCUAGGGGACAGACUGAGUGAAAUUUCUAAACCAAUCCAAUGGCGUCUAUAGGUUGAGCUCAAAGUGGGGAUUAAACAUUUUCUGAUUGACAACAAACCUGUCGUUAGCCCAUGUAUGUAACACAAGUUAGCAUGGCUGCAAAGUCUCCCAAAAAUAAGCCGCAUACCCUUGUUUGCAGUGGAUUUAACUGCCAUCUGGCACCAAAAAUUUGUCCCCAGACAUUUAUUCUUGUUGCAAGAGCAAAUCUAAGUUUACCAGUUUUUGCUUCCUGACAAUGAAGCAAACAAUUGAUUUUGACACACUGAAUGUUUUUUACUCUGACUUUAGCUUAGUUCAUUUGUUUUAGUUUCAAGAUGGCCUGCUUUAUUGACUUUACCACUUCUUUAGUCCUUAUGUUGAGAGAGCAGCUGCCAUUCUUCUAUAAUUGCUUCCAUUCCUUCUGUUAGCGCUCUUGUGCAUAAGAUAACUGAUGCACUGACGUGUAGCUGAGGAAGAAACCAAGCACCCAAUUGUCCAAUUAAGUUUGCCCAGUAAAUUGGCAGAGAGAACAUGUUGUGAAAAUUUAAGCUGACAGUUUUAUCUUCAUAAUCAUUUCAAAUCUAAUGUGCUACAACAACAAAACAAAUGUUCACGGUUAAUUUACUGCACUAAUUACACAGUAACAGCUCAGAUUCUGUAAUUAAUUUAGAACUUUAUCUACAUCUGCCAUCUGUUUCUCUUUUUGUUGUGUUUUUCCUGCUUGCUUGUUUGCAUUGAUUGCCUUAAGGGUUUGGUUCCCUACAGACUGAUUCUGUCUUAACUAUGGGAAUGUUAUAGAAAUAGAAUGGUGGGACUAUGAUUUGCAGCUCUGCUGAUAAUAAUUCAUCUUGUUCUCCACUUUUGUAAUUAUUUGAAUGUAUAUAUAUUUUCCAUUGAGAUUUAUACUGUAAAACCAAAGGAAAACAAGUUGCUAGGCAUGGUCCCAUCGGUUAGGGUUAAUGCUUCAUCCCUUGGUGAAUUCUAUCACAAUAUUACUAAAAUUAGUUUUUGCUUUUUAGGUAUCAUUUUAAGAUAUAUGCAGGAAAAAAUAUUGAAGUGUC